AAAUGUUAAAGACAUACAGUUCUGGAGAAACCACAACAAAGAAUGUAAAGACUGGCGUAGAGUAGUUUCAAGCCAAAGGGACCAUAAUGAUUUCAGGCGACACGAAAUAGUGGGAAAAGAACACAAAGAGCAAAGUUAAAGCAUGAAGACACAAGGAGGAGAAUAGAGAGCAUGAAGGCUUCCAUUUGUCUACCAAAGAGGAACAUUUUAAAGGAUGUAUUGGGUGAAGACAAGCCGGAAAUCUCAAGUUCUUCUGCCAAGCAGUUAAAGAGCGUAAAAAGUCAAGCUGAAGAUCAAAGGUCAAGCAUGUUUAAAGGUGACAAGCUUAAUGUUUUCACAUUCGAGGACGUGCGAGAUGCAGAGGACGCCCUCCACAACCUGGACCGCAAGUGGGUGUGUGGCCGACAGAUCGAGAUCCAGUUUGCACAGGGUGACCGAAAAACCCCCAACCAGAUGAAGACGAAGGAGAGCUCUCCUCGCAGAGGGUCCCGCAGCAGCUCCUUCUCCCGCUACGACGACUACGAACGCGGUGAUGGCCGACGCAGACGCUCUCGCAGUCGCAGCUACGAAAGGCGCCGGUCACGCAGCCCUUCCUGCGACCGCCGUCCUCGGAGGUCGGAGAGCCCUAGAGACUCUCGAUCAUAUGGCAGGCACAGGCGAAGCAGAAGCCAUGAGAAUGACAGGUACAGGGGCCCUCCACGUGAACACAACAGGAUGCACCAUGCACCCCUGUCUCGUAACCGCUCCGCCUCCCACUCCCCCUCUCCUCCCAGAUCCAGGCCCAAAGACGCAAAGUCCCAGUCCAAAUCACCCAACCCCGUCAAGGACUUCCACCCCUCUUCUGGCACCCAGAAACAGGCCUGUGGACGCUCCUACUCCAGAUCCCUGUCCCGAUCGCGCUCUCACUCCAGAUCCUAGGACCUCACACCCUCAAACCCUGUUACUCUGUCGCUAAAUAUGUUUAUGUUCAACAAUAUAACAUAUGAAUAUGGAGGCUAGUGAGUGGUUAUUACACAAUACCACCUCAGUUCAUUAGUUGAGUUAUCAUGAUAUCUCUGGGCUGAUGCCAUACAACAGGAGAGCUGGUUGUCCCUACAGAUGGAUAGUAAUUGUUAAUGUUAGUUCAGUUUCAUUUACCUCCUCUGAAGAACAUUGGCUGUUUAAUUUACCUUCAUAUUGGUUUAAUUCUAUUAAUUGAACCCAAUGAUAUUAAGUUCAGCACAUUAGAAUUGGUCAACUGUGUAAAAUAUGAAGGUACUGCUUGUUUUGGGCUAACAGGUAUUCAUUCACCUCUGGCUACAGAACAGGUUGAGAGUGCAAAAAAACAUAAGACGAGAAGUUAUAAAUCUGGAGUUUGCAGUGAUAUCUAGUCAAGUUUACUGUUAUUAUUUUUUUUACAUUUGAUAUAGAUAAAAUGUCCAGCAUUUUUUUAAAGAUCAAUUGUUUUUAUUAAAUAUCCUGUAUUAUUGA